GUGAUCAUCCUUUCUUAAUUUCCUCCUCUCAACUUUAUUAUUUUGAUUGAAAUGAUUCAAUCAUAGUGCCUAAUCUUCUUCCACCCAUAAUAAAAAGAAAGAGAGAGCAAAGAAAUAAGAGAAUCUAAAGAAAGAAAAAGCCAGGCUCAAAAAGUUGUGUUAUUGUAUGCAUGAGAAUUGAAGGAGAGAGGUGAAGACUCAUUAUCAUCAUCAUCAUAUCAUCGUCAUGUAUAGCAUGGAUUCAUCAUCUUCUGGAUCUCAGUUUUCUCAGCACCCACAACUCCCUCCAGGGUUUCGAUUCCACCCCACAGAUGAAGAGCUAGUGGUUCAGUACCUCAAGAAAAAAGCAGACUCUGUUCCUCUUCCUGUUUCCAUCAUCGCCGAGGUUGAUCUCUACAAGUUUGACCCAUGGGAACUCCCAAGUAAAGCAACUUUUGGUGAUCAAGAAUGGUACUUUUUCAGCCCAAGGGAUAGGAAAUACCCAAAUGGGACAAGGCCUAACAGAGCUGCUACUUCUGGGUAUUGGAAAGCAACCGGAACUGACAAGCCCAUACUUGCAUCUCAUGGUCACCACAACAAAGUUGGAGUCAAGAAAUCACUUGUUUUCUAUGGUGGAAAGCCUCCAAAAGGUGUUAAAACCAAUUGGAUCAUGCACGAGUACAGGCUUGCUGAUAGCUCCUCAAACUCUAGCUCAAAACCUCCUUCUUCGGCUUCAGAUCAUGCACACAGUGGCAAGAAAAACUCCUUGAGGCUUGAUGAUUGGGUUUUGUGCCGAAUAUACAAGAAAAGCAACAGUACCCACCUGCCAAGGUUACCUUUGAUGGAGCAGAAUAAGGAGAUUUCUAGGGAGAUUUCUAUGCUACCAAUGAUGUCAACUUUGUCAAUGGCUAAUGAUAACAACACUCCUCAGGAUUCCAAAACUGCGUCUUCUAGAAGCACAAGUUAUGGACCCCUUGGAGUAGAAAAUGAUGAUAAUUUCUUUGAUGGAAUCUUUGGAGUUGAUCAUCAGAGCAUGCAGCAAGAUGUUUCUGAUCAUUCCCAACAAGUGUCUUCAAAGGGAAACUUCCCUAUGAAAAGGGAACUUUCGUCACAGUUUUGGAAUGGCACAGGGUCAUCCUCUUCAAGCAGGCAAUUCCAUUACGAUCUUAAUUAUGCUGGAAACAGCACUACUGUUGAGGAAGACAAUUCCUUCGUUUCUCUGCUUAGCCACCUUCCACAGAACACAACAACGUUUCACCCAAAUGCGCUUCUUGGCCCUGUUGGUAAUGGUGUAUUGAGGCAACAGUUUCAACUUCCAAGCAUGAAUUGGAAUACUUAGGGUGGUUAAUUUGGCUUAGGGUAUAUAUACCGGGUAAGGGUUGGAUAAUGUAGCUGCCAUUGUAGGUUUAUAUUAUAAGUUAAUUUAACUUGGGUUUUAUUAGCCAUAUAUACAUAACAUACUAGAGAGAGAGAGAGAUCAUGACCGUACGCUUGUAUUUUUGUGAGUUUUUUUUUUUGAAGCUUAUAUUAAACUGAAUACGAUAUAAUACUGCUGUUCUGUAUCA